AAAACAAAGAAAAGGAACAUCGGAAAGAAAAAAAAAAGCCAGCAUGAAGACCCCUCGAAAAAAGAAAAAAGAAAAAAAAAAAAGAAAAGGAAAUCGAUAAAAGAAAAAAAAGGAAUCGAAAAAAAAAGAAAAGAAAAGAAAAAAAUCGAAAAAAACAAAGAAAAGGAAAUCGAAAAAAAGAAAAAAAAGUUAUUCUAUGAGGGAAGAAAUAGUGAGUCUCUUAUGUUCUAUGUUAUGUGUUCCGGAGUAAAGGAAAAGCAUAGUUCAGUUUCUGUUCACUCACAAGCUACAAUUACAUCAACGAACGCAAGACACGGGAUGGCGUUUGGGAUAACAGAAAUGUAUAUAGUUCGUGAAUACACAGUGAACAUGUACAGACCUUUUCAAGUGGAUUGCACACAGACCUUGAAGGCAACGCUGGUACACGGAGUCCUCAAGGGUUGCUGA